AUGGGCCUCUCGCCGCCCGUGUUUGUAGUCCUCAUUGUCCUCGCAACGAUCGUGCCUCCCCUGACCGCCGGAGCUCUUCUGUCUCGCUUCGUCUGCCGUAACUUCAGAGACGCAGCCGGUGCCGUCGAGCCCAAGCCCCGUCGACGCUGGUUUGGCCUCCGACGCACCAGGUCUAUCGACAGCACCUCAGCCGACAGCCUCGCAACCCGCGCCCAGAGCUACACGGAUUCAUGGCACGACCUCGAGAGCCUGCACACGUACAGGGAUACACCGACGCCCUCGCUCCAGUAUUGUGCUCAGGAUCAGGCCCCGCCGGUGGUAGCACCAGUACCUGCGGCUAUUCGAAUUCAGCCGCCACCGGAGACAUGGCAUCCCUCGAGGGCGAGCCGGCUGACGUGGAGCUUCUCGCCGACGAGGCGGCACCCGAGCGAGCUUCAGAAGUCCCACAGCCGCUCAGGGUUCUCAAAAGACUCGGGUAUGGUCCUAGAGGGUUCAGGGGAGGACGAGGAGCAGAGAGCCCGCGACGAACGAGCGCCGAGACCGGCGAGAGCCUAA